AUGGCACAAACAGCUACACAAACUAUUGAAACAAAUCAUGAAGACAUGAUUCAUGAUGCUCAACUCGACUAUUAUUCUCGUCGUUUAGCAACAGCCUCUUCUGAUCACACUAUCAAAAUCUUCAACGUUGAUGGCGAUAAUCAAACACUGAGUCAUACCAUUACAGAUAAUACAGCUCCAGUAUGGCAAGUAGCAUGGGCUCAUCCCAAGUUUGGCACCAUUUUAGCUUCUUGCGCUUACGAUGGUCGUGUGCUUAUCUUUAAAGAACAAAACGGUGCUUGGACAAAGAUUCAUGAAAACAACAAGCAUACAGCCUCAGUUAACUCUGUUGCUUGGGCUCCCCAUGAGCUUGGUGCCAUCUUGGCCUGUGCUUCUUCUGAUGGCAAGAUUUCUAUUCUCGAAUACAAAGAUGAUGGAAGUUGGGAAACACAAUUAAUCGAUGCACAUGGUAUUGGCUGUAAUGCAGUUACCUGGGCACCUGCUGCUAUUCCCGGUAGCUUAGUUCAGACAAAUGGCGGCAAUCCCAAUGUGAAUGUCGUAAAGAAGAUCGUGUCUGCAGGCUGCGAUAAUUUGAUCAAGAUUUGGGGAUAUAAGGAUGACAGUAAAAAUUGGCAAGAGGAGGAAACAUUGGAUGGUCACUCUGAUUGGGUUCGUGAUGUUGCUUGGGCUCCCAAUGUUGGACUCGCCAAGAGCUAUUUGGCUAGUUGCUCUCAAGAUAAGUCUGUCUUGAUCUGGACACAAGAAAACCCUAAAGCAGAAUGGACUCAUAAGACACUAGGCGACAAGUUUCCUGAUGUUGUUUGGCGUGUUAGCUGGUCAUUAUCCGGUAACGUUUUGGCUGUCUCAUGUGGUGAUAAUAAGGUUACUUUAUGGAAAGAGUCUUCAAAGGGUGAUUGGGAACUUCUCGAAACGCUUGAAGAAAAUGCUUAA